AUGCCCCGCGACUCCAGCCUGCCACCAUUGAAGAUUCAUACGCUGAGUGAGCCUGAUGCGUCUGACACCCCAGAGCCAUUCGACGACGCGGCGGACUAUGAUCCUAAUGUUCCAAUAGCUAUCGAUUUUGGAUCGAGCGAAGUUAGAGCUGGGUUUGGAAACCAGGACCAACCUUCGCAUAUUUUCACUAACAGAAUAUCCAGGUGGCGGGAUAGAAGGAAGAACCGGAAUCUCACCUUCAUUGGCAAUGACACAAACCUCGAUCUUAGUGUUAGAUCACAAGCUAAAAGCCCGUAUGACGGCGCGAUUGUUUCGAACUGGGACUACACCGAAGAGAUCAUGGAGUACACUUUUCAUCAUCUUGGAGUUAACGGAAACGACGGCGUUUCAAACCCUAUCUUAAUGACGGAAAAGCUUGCAACGCUUCAAUCUCAAAGAGAAAACUGGUACCAGCUUCUAUUUGAAUGUUUUGGGGUGCCCCAGGUAACGUUUGGCAUAGACAGCUUGUUUUCUUUCUAUGCAAACAAUGAUGCAACGGCUUCAGGUCUGGUCAUCAACAGCGGCAACGAAGAUACACAUGUCAUUCCCGUAAUGAACGGAAAGGGCGUCCUCAGCGAAGCCAAGAGAAUCAAUUGGGGUGGGCGCCAAUCCGUCGAGUACUUAUCCAACCUUUUAGCUUUGAAGUACCCUUAUUUUCCAAUAAAACCAUCCACGCAUCAGUUUCAAUCCCUUUACGAGGAUUUUUGUUACGUCUCGGUUGACUAUCAGGAUGAAAUCCGCAAGAUACUCACUCUCGAAGAACUUGAGACUAAGAACAUCGUCGUUGAAGCUCCAUUUGCUGAGACAGUGCAGCCCGAGAAGAGCGAAGAGGAGCUGCGCCUACAAGCGGAAAAGAGACGGGAAACAGGUAGACGAUUGCAAGAGCAAGCCAAGCAAAGACGCCAAGAAAAACUGGCGCAGAAAGAAGAGGAAUAUGAGUACUAUACUCAGCUAAAAGAACAAAUGAAAGACCAAUCAAAAAAAGCUGUAUUAUCGACCUUGCAAAGUGCUGGUUUCGAUGAUGAGCAAGACUUUAAAAAAUAUUUGGUUGGCUUGGAAAAGACACUGAAGCGCGCCCAGGUCCUUGAAGCAGGCGAAGAAGAAGAAGUCAGCUUGGCAGACAAGUUUGACCUUGUCGAUGUCCCAGACGAACAGUUGAAUGAAGAGCAAAUAAAAGAGAAAAGAAAACAGAGACUUUUGAAGGCCAACUUUGACGCAAGAGUCAAGGCAAAAGAAGAGAAACUGAAGAAGGAGCAAGAAGAAGAAGAAGCCAGGCAGAAGGAUGAAGCUUGGCGCUCCGAAGAUUUGCAGGGAUGGAUCAAGGACAAGCGGCAAAAGUUAACUGCUUUAAUCAAGACUCGGAAGGAGAAAUUGAAAAUCAAAAAUGACAUGAAAGAUCGCAAGUCGCAUGCUGCUCAAAAAAGAAUGAAGAACAUAGCUACUUUAGCUGAGGAGAGGUCGAGAUCCAGCGCAAAGCGCUCUAGACAGCAAUCCACUGUUGACAACGAUCCUAACGAUACAUUUGGUGCUAAUGAUGAAGAUUGGUUGGUUUAUAACGAUAUCACUUCGAACCCUGAGGCGCUAGACCAAGCAAUUGAAGAAGAAUAUAACGUCAUUGUUGGCUUAGAGCAACAACUUCUCGAAUACGAUCCAAACUUCACAGAGGAAGAUACAUUAGAUGCACAAUAUGACUGGAGAAACUCAACGCUUCAUUUGUUCUUGAGGGGCCCUAGACCACAUGAUAGCGAGAACAUCAACGAGCAGCACCAGAUGCAUUUAAACGUUGAGCGCAUCAGGGUCCCAGAAGUAAUAUUCCAGCCCUCGAUGGCGGGCCUUGAUCAAGCUGGCGUUACCGAAAUUUGCGAAACGAACUUCUUGAAAAAGUUCGGUUCUACAAGAAGUCAACUGAGCGAAGGCAGCAAAAAGUUAGCCGCCAACGUCUUUUUGACAGGCGGCAAUAUGCGCCUGCCUGGAGUCCGGGAAAGAAUUGUUCGCGAGUUUACCGGUAUGUUGCCCAUGGGAAGUAAUUUAAAUGUUAGGAUGGCAAGCGAUUCUGCAGUUGACGCAUGGAGAGGAAUGGCGAAACUAUCGCAGGCUGGAAGUCAGUACAAAGGGAGCUACAUCACCCGCAAAGAAUAUCAAGAGCUCGGAGCUGACUACAUAAAAGAACAUAACCUGGGCAAUGUUUUAUUUUUGUAG